CGAGCACCGCGGCGCUGCAGAACCGGGACUCGAGCGCGCGGGAGGCGCGUCAACUUCAAUACAGCGCGAUUAUAAAUAUCUGCAUUUACAGUUUUAUUUAUAUUUUGUAUUUAUAUUUAUAUUUGUAUAUAUUUAUAUAUAUAGGUAUAUGUAUAUAAGUGUGGGAGGCGCGCGCUGCCGGACGCGGAGCGCGGUGGGAGCAGGUCUCGCCCCCGGCGGGUGGAUGGAGUGCGUUUGAACGCGGCGGUUCUGACUCCGCGCGCUCGUACGGAGGAGCACCGUCUAGUGCAGGAGGACCGGGAGUGCCGGAGUUGCGCGCGAAGGAGGAUGCGCCCGGGUUUGGCACGAGCAUGCACGCGGGGACAACUCUGCAGCUGAACUUGGACUGACUGAGCGCAGACUGGGCGAGUCCAACUGAACAGAACCAGAGAUGCCCAGACCUCUCUCUGCCCUGCUGCUGCUGCUCUGCCUGCAUGCGGUUACAUGGGGCGUGGAACCCGGCGCGACAGCAGGUCCUCAGGGAUGGCGAGAGAGCGAUAAGGACGAGAGCUUCUCCACGCAGGAUCUUCGCUCAGCCCUCCUCAAGCCCCUGCGGCUCUUCGCCCGCCCCUCGCCACCCGUCGCCGUCCGGAGGAACGAAGCCCCUCAGCCUGGAGCCGUUCAGGACCCGUGGACCUGGCUGUCCAACCGCACCGAUAAUGAAGAGACUCUGGCCAGAGCCAAACGCCGACCCAUCGUAAAGACAGGAAAGUUCAAGAAGAUGUUCGGCUGGGGCGAUUUCCACUCCACCAUCAAAACCAUCAAGCUGAACCUGCUGAUCACGGGGAAGAUAGUGGACCACGGGAACGGGACCUUCAGCGUCUACUUCCGCCACAACUCCACGGGCCUGGGGAACGUGUCCGUGAGCCUGGUGCCACCGUCCAAGGUGGUCGACUUCGAGAUCAUCCAGCAGGAGACUGUGGACAUUUCCAAGGACGGUAAAGCCUUUAACUGCAGGGUGGAGUACGAGAAGACGGACCGCAGCAAGAGGACGUCCCUGUGCAGCCACGACUCGGCCCGGGUCUGCUUCCAGGAGCAGACUCAGAGCCAUGUCUCCUGGCUCUGCUCCAAGCCAUUUAAAGUCAUCUGCAUCUACAUAGACUUCUUCAGCGCCGACUACAAGCUGGUCCAGAAGGUCUGUCCGGACUACAACUACCACAGCGACACGCCCUACACCUCCAUGGGAUAGCGGUCUGCUGAGGAGCUGAGGUCCUCACUGACCACCUGCCCUCCUAACCUUUUACUACAAACAGAACGUAAACUAGCAAACUCUGAAAAGAGUCAUGAAUAAAUGCUGCUGAUGCAGCGGGACAACGGACGGGACGAUGGACGGGACGAUGGACGGGGCGGCGGACGGCGCGAUGGACAGGGCCAGUGCUCAGGCCCUGCUGAAGACUCGGGAAUACGUUCUUGUACAGAAAUUGUAAAACAGCCCAUCAUUGUCGUUGUUCCACUCGUGAUGUUUGUAGUUCUGCAUGUUCUAACAGUUCUAAAAACGUUAUCAUAACAUUUGUAAAUCCGUAAAUCUGUAAACAGUAGGGAUGCACUGAUAUGGGAACUGUGGACUGAUGCUGGCUCAAUAUCAACAAUAUUUUGUGUGGAAAUGAUCUGAUCUGUAAACAUAUUUAAAAUAUUGACACUUGGACUAAAUCUACUUGAAUGAUAUCAACACAGAACUACAGUACACUGAUCAGCCAAAAUAUUAAAACCACCUUAAAACUGUUAGGCAGCGAGGAAACAGUCUUAGAGUGCUUAGAGUACUCUGAUCAGGCCAAACUCAAAUCGCUACACAACUGUGACAGAACGUAGAACUGAAUUAAAUUGAGUUGAAGUGAGUUGUUCCUCGUAUUCUGUGGUCACGGUCGAGUCACAUUUGGAUGUGCGCAGUGGAGAUUCCACCUCACAACUUAAGAUCUCAACACACUUCUUUUUGGGACGAUGUUUGAUUAACUUCGGUGAAUAAUAUGACGUAAUUGUGGGAAAAAGUGAACAGUGCAGACGUUUCUCAGGAGCUUUACUCACCUUGUUUCGCACGUGGAAGCUGAGGGAUCUCCGUGGACGAAGGCACUUCACAACAACACCUGUGAUUGGCUGGAAAUGCAUGUCUGGCAUUGUGCAACGCUCGUUUAAUUAUUUAAAGCAUCUGCUGUAACUUUACUAUUGGUGCACCUCCAGAGGUCUUGUAGGGUUCUGGUCUCGACGGGUCGGAGCACCUACUCGGGAUUAGGCAGGUGUUUUAAUGUUAUGGCUGAUUAGGAAGCUGCAAUAAAUGUCUGUAAAGUUACCCUGUGUUCAGAGUGGUGAUGAGGUAACAGUUCGCUGGUCACCCCGAGUUUAUCUCCUGUGGGUUUAAGUUCUCUCAGGCCCAUGCGUGAGAACGACGUGUAUCGGCGAGGGCCGUUAGCACGCUGGCUAAUCUAGUGAGCUAUCUAUUGAGAAACCAACCCACCAGAGAGGCUACCGACCCAAAACCCACUACUGUCUUUCCUGCUUCAUUUUUUUGUGUGAAUUGUUCCUGUUUAUGUGUAAAAAGAUAAAAAAUCCUCUCUUCCACUGCUGAGAACAGGAACCAGAAUCUGGAUACCUCAGAACCCAACGUCUGUGAUUGGUCCAAAGAAUUUGCUCAGCCAUCUAAUCUGUUUACUUUGGGCCAGGUCAGCUGUCGAUCUGUCUUUGGAUUAAUUCAGAUUAAUGUAAACACUAAGUGGUUAGCUAUUGUAUCUAAAAUAUCCCUAAACGAAUCGAUGCUGAAGAAAAGUGGAAACUGAAUUCUGAAUUGAAUCAUGUGUCCAAAACCAUUUCUCACCAAAAGUAUCCCGAUAUCUUUGUGCAUCCCUGUUAAAUUAAGGUGGAGUUUCAUCAGUGACCUGUUCACACUGACCCCAGUGAUGUUGUAAAUGUAAAUGUAAUGUUUAAAGUGAAUCCAAACUUCACCAUAACUGUAUCAGAACUCUGUUCCUGACGGAUGUUUAAAGACGGAUUCCUUAUCUGUUCUUGUCCUCCGAGAAGCUUCCUUUCAUGCCUUGUUGAUGUUUUCAUGUUUAUGAGAUCUGUGAGUCAGUGAUGAGUUUUAAAGUCGUAACGCGUCUCCCGGAUUCACUCUGUACCACUGUUUUCAUCAUUAAACAAAAUAACUCACGAUAAAAAACA